GGGGAGGCUAUUCGGAAGAGGGAGGAGUUUGCCUUGCCUUUUCUCCCUCCCCCUAGGAAGCGGAUUAUGGUGCGGUAAUCAGGCUUAACUCUCUCGGCCCUGGCUGCCAUUUGACCCGUUCUGCAGUCCGCUGACCGCUGCUGUUGAGGGGCUUGAUGCAAUGGAGCAGAAACAUCUGGACCAGGGGUGGUCUGUCGGAUUGGCCUCCUCGCUGCUUUGGGCGAGGCAAACCUUCAAAACCAGGACCAACGCGGGCUCCUAGCUAGCUAGUUGCAGUCUCUUCUCCUUCCCCUCCCUCCGUUUCCUCUCCGCCCACCGCGGUAUUGCUCCUGGGCCGCAGCCACCUCUCUCCCCCUCCCACCCCCACGCCAGCAUCCCCAAGCCUUGGUGCUCAGCCAUGGGGGACCUCCCGAGCCUCGUGCGCCUCUCCAUCGCUCUCCGGAUCCAGCCUAACGAUGGUCCGGUCUUCUUCAAAGUGGACGGGCAACGCUUCGGUCAGAAUCGGACCAUCAAGCUGCUCACUGGUUCCUCUUACAAGGUGGAGGUGAAGAUCAAGCCCACCACUCUCCAAGUGAAAGACAUCUCCAUUGGUGGUGUGGUUGUCCCAUUAGAGCUGAAAUCCAAAGAGCCUGAUGGGGACAGAGUUGUUUACACAGGAAUAUAUGACACAGAAGGAGUGGCCCCAACAAAAAGUGGGGAGCGGCAACCUAUCCAGAUUACCAUGCCUUUCACUGAUAUUGGGACCUUUGAGACUGUGUGGCAAGUGAAGUUCUACAAUUACCACAAACGGGAUCAUUGCCAAUGGGGAAGCCCCUUCUCUGUCAUUGAGUAUGAGUGCAAGCCCAAUGAGACACGAAGCUUGAUGUGGGUGAACAAGGAAUCAUUCUUAUGAACACGAGCCUGUCUGAUGUUGCCGGACAAUCUCUUCAGAAAUCUACCUUGAAGAAAAAUCAAACCCAUGACCAGCACAAGCCUCAACUAAGGCAUACUUGGACUGCUGCUCUUUCCCAUUGGGUACAGGUAACAUAUGAGUCCCAAACUUUUUGGAGGUAUAAUCCUCCUCUGAUGCAAUCCCCUCCCCGCCCCCAUGUUGCAGAUCAUAAUGCAACAUCACUGACAAAACAAUACCUUUCUCUAUUUUGUGUUUGUGCACCCAAAGUACUUGGUCACACCGCUGACCACCUCUGGCAAUAGCCAAGCAGAAAUGCAAGUUAGAUGUUGUGUACUUAAGUGGUUCUGUGGACCGUUGUGCUGCUUGUUUCCAAGUUGAAUGACUUCUUUCUUUUUGUUCAAUGUUGUAAAAAAAAAUGUGUAUGGACCCCAUCUGCCAUGUGGAAUUUGGCAAUGUGCAUCCUUUGCUGUUUCAGACUCUAGAGUGAUUUUUCAAAGCAGGCUCUUUGAAAAGAUAUGAACUACAAUGAGCAAUAACUAAUGUGGUUUGCUAGGCAGAGUUCCUUAUUUGUAGCUUGGCUUUGUGGAAGUGAGCGUGCAGAGAGAUAGCAUUUUUACUUUCUUAUAUGUAAAAUAAGAGGGCUAAAAUGGAAGGGACCUCAGAGGUAGUCUAGCUCUAUACCUAGGCUCCUACAAGUAAUCUAACUCAAGGUACCAUUAAGCAGUAACUUCUGUGUAGGGCCUAAGGGAUUGUCAGAACUCUGCUUUCUGCAAGGCAGUUUACCUGAAUUGUCAUAUUGCCCCUUUGUUUAAGAAGUACUGGUUACGUUGCCUAUGUGGUUGAGACCUACAUAUUAAUAGCAUCACUUCAUUCCUCCCUCGUGUGAACUUUGUAAAACUGUAUAUGAAAUUGUAAUCGACUUUUGAUCUUUCUAAUAAAGGAAUUGAAAAGCAUA